UGUGCGGUUGCAGGCAGGGCAAUUAUCGUGAAGGGCCCAGCCACAACAACGGCAAAACCUCGAUCAUUGGCCGGACCUCUUUCUUCACAUAAUAUUGUCUCUGCUCAAUUAUUUGUUCCAUUUAUUUUUGCUUUCUUUCUGUUUAUAUCAUGAGUUCUGGCAAAGGUGGGGGUUGGCUGACCACCAAGAAGAAGGGUCGCGAUGACAAUGCCAUUGCCAUUGCGCAACGAAAAGCCGAAAAUAUGCGUCGAUCGCGGCGUGGAUUGGCUCCCAAACGACAAGCACCAGCAGCAAAACCCAGAAAAGCAUCCAGAGCAUCCUUCUUGGCAGACUCCGAUUCCGAGGACGAAGACGAAGUGUCGUUGCAUGACGACGACGAGGAGUCGGAAGAAGAAGAGGAAGAUGUCGUCUUGUCAGAAGAAGAAUCGGAAGACGAAGACGGAACGUCAUUUUUCAAAACCGCAACCAAAAACAAGAGAACCAAAUUCACCGUCAAACCCAUGAAAGAGCAAACUGACAAACUCAAACGACAAGCUCGAAGAAAUGGAUAUGCUCGAAAACCAACAACAAGCGAUGACAGUGGUAGUGAUGUUGAUAGUGAAAUUGAAGUUGUGGAAACAAAAGUGGCAAAGAAGAAGAAAAGACUCAAGCGAGACAAUGGCAGCGACAAUUAUUCCGACGACGAAGAAAUCGAUUCUCCUCCUGUCAAUCAGCGAUCCAAGUAUUUUGAAGCCAGACGAAAACAGAAAAAUGGAGGCUCCAUUUUGGAUGAUGAUGAUGAUGACGAUCUCACUCCGGGAAAACCUGCAAAAUCUUCUGCCAGUAAGAACAAGAGUGUUGCCAAAAAGCGCACCAUUGACAGCGACAGUGAUGUCGAGGAGGUGUCUCCCAAAGCUAAGAGACAAUCCACUGGGUCCGAAUGGAUUCCCGGGUCCGAAGACGAAGAAUUCAUUGAGGAAGAAGAAGCCGUGGCCCUCAAGGCGGCCAUCCAAGCCAGCUUGAAGGAACCCAAAAAACGACUCAAGAAACUGGGCAAGAACAACAAAAAGAAGAAGAAACACAGUCCCAAGAAAAAGAGAAAGGUAGACGACUUGGCAGAUUCCUCGGACGACGAUGACGAUGAAGCCUAUGUGGAGAAGGAAACGAAAAAGAAACCCAUUGUACUAAUGGAAUCUUCCGAAGAAGAGGAGGAGGAAGACGACGACGAUGAAGAUGACGUCGAGCAAGACGCCUAUGUCGACGAUGAGGCACGAGAAGCCAGCAAUGUACUCGCCACUGCCAACGAGCUUAGUGCUAGUGUCUUGAAAACCAUGAUGUCCUGGGCAGCAGAUCUCAAUAAUGACGGCGACAACGCUGACAACAGCGGCGCGGACGGAACUUUGAAGGUCCCGCAAGGGAUGAUUGUGGAUGGAGCCCUCGCCAUGACUAGUAUAGGAAGGGCAUCCAGCAACAAGAAAAAGAACAACAAUAACAAUGCCAACCACUCGUGGAUCUCCAACGAGACGAUGCAAAAGAUCCUCCCCAAAGUGACGCUGGCGGAAUACCAGCUCCUGGGUGUCAAUUGGCUUGCAAUGCUUCAUUCCAUGACGUGCACGGUCACCAGCGGGAAAGGAAAGCAAACCAACGUCAAUGGAGUCCUGGCGGAUGAAAUGGGUUUGGGAAAGACAUGCCAAACAAUUGCCUUCUUGGCUUGGUUGAAGUAUAGCAGGGACAAUGGGAUUUUACAAGUGGGGGAUCAAACCGACUUGGUAACAAAGCCACACCUUGGAAAGCACGAUGACGAUUUAUCGGACCAUGAUGACAGCGAUGGCGAUGUUAUUGACGUGGAUGAUGACGAUGAUGAAAGCCCAAAGCCAAAGAAAAAGUCCCAGCCUGCAAAAAAGCCAAAAGCCAGCAACAAAGAGUUGUCACCCACUGACACACAUAUUCCUCACCUGAUUGUAGUCCCAGCCUCGGUAGUUUCCAACUGGGUCAGGGAGUUUGAAAACUUUGCUCCUGAUUUGAAUGUUGUCAAAUACCACGGCAGCACGGAAGAGCGAGGCGAACUGAAACGCAUUCUGCGUCCAUUUAUCAACAAGAAGGGCGCGACGCCAAAAGUUGAUGUGGUACUCACUUCCAUUACAUACUUUCAAAGAGAGAGCAGCGAUGAUCGAACCUUUCUGGGAAGGAUUAAGUUUGACUAUCUGAUUGUCGACGAAGGGCAUCUUUUGAAAAACGCAAAGGGACUUCGCUACAAGAACCUGGACCGAUUCAGAACGCGUCACCGACUCUUGCUAACUGGAACACCAGUGCAAAACAGUCCGCAAGAACUGAUGGCUUUGCUUUGCUUCCUGAUGCCGCUCUUCUCGCAGAAAACGGGCGAGUUUGAUGAGCAUGAUUCGGACGGUGGAUUGAGCAUGCUGCAGCACUUUGUGAAUUUGCAAGAAGCCAAUGGUGGAAACAAAGAGAGCACUCAUGAGUUUGCGUACCGAAAACUCAAACAACUUUUUGCCCCAUUUGUGCUGCGGAGGCGAAAGAAAGACGUCCUUAGUCAGAUCAUCCCGCCAAAAACAUAUCAGGUUGAAAUGGUCGAAUUGGGAGAUCAAGCCCGAACAAUCUACAACGAUGUCAUUGCGAGUCACAUCAAAGCCAAAAAGAACAAGACGAACCGAGCAAGUGACCAUCUCUUCACAGCUCUUCGAAAGGCCGCACAUCAUCCUCAUCUCCUCCGAACGCGACACAAGUCUCCUCAGGAGAUUAGUCAUCUGACAGACACAUUUUACAAGUUCAAAGCAUUCCCAGGUGAAGGAAGCACAAGAAUUCGAGUUGCGAAAGAGCUCGAAUCGUUCGGUGACUUUGACAUCCAUCUCACAGCGCUGGAUCUUUUGGAGCAAAACAAGCAUCGCGCACCCGACCUAGACCGUUAUUUGCUUGCAAAGGAGGAUCUGUUUGCAUCAGCAAAGUUUGUCAGACUUCGAGAACUGCUCCCAGAGCUAAUCAAGGACGGGCAUCGGAUUCUGGUAUUCUCCGUUUGGACCAUGUGCCUGGAUCUCUUGGGUUGUCUCCUCGAAGAAAUGGAAAUCGAGUACAUGAGGAUGGAUGGGCAGACUGCCGUGGCUGAACGCCAGGAAAAGAUUGACCAAUUCAAUUCAGAUGGGUCCAUCCAUGUCUUUCUGCUUAGCACCAAAGCUUGUGGUAUGGGCAUCAAUCUGACAUCAGCCGAUACCUGCAUCAUGCACGAUAUCGACAUGAAUCCUUUCUCGGACUUGCAAGCGGAGGACAGAUGCCACCGCAUUGGACAGAAAAAGCCUGUGAAGAUUAUCAAACUUGUGGCCAAAGGUACGGUGGACUCUGACAUCUAUGACAUGCAAGAGAGGAAGGUGAAGAUGAAUGAAGCCAUCAUGGAAGCCCCGUCCAAGUUUUCUGAGAAGCAAGAAAAGACUCGCAUCAUGCAAACAGUUGUGAAUCGACAUGCCAAGGAGACUUCGUCCGACGGGCUUGGGGAGACAACUUCGGAGGCAUCUACGGACAGCUUGGGCAAAGAAAAUGUUGAGAAUGCAAAUGGCAACGUUGUGGACGAAUCGCUGGAAUGUAAUAUCUAGCUAUUCCUAGAAACCUGGCAGAGGAAUGAUCAACCGUUCGAUAUGUUGCGCACUGUGUUCUUGUGUCUCGUUUUGUUUGGUCUUGACUGCCAUCACGAUCCCCCACUAGUUUGGAUAUUAAAUUUUUUUGUCCAGGUUUUCAGUUCACCAUACGCUACCGCUCCUGCUACGAUGAUUUUUGGAGCUGCACCAUGAGCAUGAGUUCUACGGUAUCAGGCGUAGGCUUGCUUAUCUGUAGCUAGCUCAGCAUCCCACCUUCCGCCUGCGGCACAAUCGUUCCUCAGGGAUACCGGUACAGUACAGUCUAAACACUAUAAGCCGCCCUUCCCGAGCCCUGAACCUUGAACCCACAGCUUCCUCUGUUUUUUUUAAACAGCAGGACCGUAAUAAAUAAAUAAAUAUAUAUGUGG